AUGACUGAUUCCCACAAUAGUUCACUACCCAGUCAGAAAAAGUACCCAAAUGAGUUGCCACAGAAUUGCCUCUUUAUCCACGUCGCUAAGCGAGUAGACUACAACAAUUAUCGAACUUAUGCAUGUAACGACUUCGGUGGCGCAGGUCUGGCUGGCAAGAGCUCGACAGCAUAUGCUCUUAUCUUGUUAAUCACCAUACCUCCGGUCUGCCGAUACUUCCGGGCCAUCGGCCGUGUGGGGCAGGCAAGGCGCACAAUCUCUGUUCAGAUUCCAUGUGAAUUGACCUUGGCGGUGGAGUGGCUUUGUAGAAUUUUAUAUGUCCUUAUGAUAUACUUUUAUGUGAUUUUAGUAUUACAUUUUACAUAUUUUAGCCAUUCAGAGUCAUUACAUUUGAGAGUGCUUAGGCUACGCGCCAGUAAGCUGAGGGGUUCAUCGAGUUCGGAUCCAUGGGAACCUCAGUUUGAUGGGUGGUCAAUAGGUAGGACCUUAGGUCCCGUCUAUUAUCAGAUAAUCGCAGAAAAGUGGAAUGAUUCUGCUGGCCCUCUCCGAAAGGAUAUCAUACAAGCUCUUAGCCAUACCGACUGGACUGUCAUCGAUAUCUUACGUAUCGGCUACGAAAGGAGCAACCAAAGAACCGGACUGGACUUCGAUUAUCCUUUCACGCUCCUCAUUUCGGUGGGAGAAGGUUCCACGUCCUGGGGCCCGUCCUAUGCCGUGGUGGCACGAUACCAUCGGACCCUACAGCGCCACGGGGUUAGAGAUAUCCCAGUUGAGAUGAAAGAAGCAGCUCUUGUUCGGCUGAGCGCCCCGCGGCUACAUUCGAGAGACGUCACUUACCCGGUCGAGAUCAAUCACCUUUUCUCUACUAAUGUCGGGGUCUCUAUCGCGCGGCUAGAUCAGCCCGACCGCGAAGGAACCAAGUGCCUCUACCGUCGUGACAGAGGCACCGGCAAGAUUUUGGCUUUGGCUUGUCGGCAUGUGACCUUGGAGACCGCUGAAGACCACACCAGUCGCAUCGGUGGUCAUGUUCUUUUCUCUCCCAAGCUCAGCAAUGAGGUCAAUGGCACCUACGCAGUAGGUGUUGAGCGACUACGUGACUGGGCUCUAAUUGAGCUCCAUGCUGACAAGCACCAUGUUCCAUUAAAUGCGCUUACAAGUCGUGUCGCCGUCGCCCCAGGAGCUGUCGAGGCCAUAAUAGCAGGUGCUGGGACGGACGGAUUCGAGUCCCAGGCGGAGCUCUGGGUUCACUCGACCAGAAACAAUCUGCAGCUCGGAGGUACCAUCUCGAAAGCUGAGAUGAAUAAACCCCCUCCUGAAUACGAGUCCAAGUCCCUGGACGAGCCCGCUAUUAUGGUUACCAAGUAUGGAUGCACCACUAGCCUGAUAAGUAGUGCGACGAACGAGGCCAUGUCUAUCACACGCGAACCCAUUGUGCAUGCGAUCUUCGGGCUCAAUUAA